AUGACAACGGAUAUUGGCUCGAGUUUAAAGAAAAAAUUCCCCUCUUCAAAGGAGCUGAAUAAGCCUGAAUGGACCUCCAAUGAGCCUCUGGAUAAGACUUUUGGAGAGCUGUCAGUGUUGAUUAAACUGGGACCGAAUGAUGAUGCGAUUGAUGAAAUAUACAAGAGAAUACGACCAGAAAUGGCCACAGAUGACUCUUUUAAAAGAAGAACUGUUGUUAUUGAUGCCUUGCUAGCAUAUCUUGCUGAUAUUCAAUUGUUCUCGAUACAGAAGAAGUCCAAGCUGGGAGCAGACAUGAUCUCCAUUGCUUUGCAUGAUAUGAAGACUCUAGGGGCGCUAACGACUCUGAUCGUAAUAAACGGAGUUUAUGCAUGUUUACCAACAAAUGUUGGAAUUCCAUUGGACAAACGUCGCCUCAAAAGCUUUGACAAGCCAAUGAAAUUUUCGCGGGUGCCGUCUCCACAGAAUGUGAUUCUAUUGAGGAAGAUAGUGACCUCGCUGGCGUCAGUUUUCAGCAAUGGUGGCGAUAUCAAGGAUCUUAUGCUCAAAGGCACCGGAUUUACAGAUGUGUUGACGGGGGCAAUUUAUCUUCUGACUAGACCAGGUGCCACUGACGAUGAGAAAAACGAGUUCUCCGCCUUGAUUACUAACCUUGAACGGACAUCAGAGACUUACGAUUUAUUCCUUGUUUACAGUUUGCUGAUACAGCCAUCAACAGCUCCUUAUUUCAGGCUAUUUAUAUCUCAGAGAUUAGCAGGUCUGGUGACGGAGAGGUCCGACGGAGUCCAGGCACUGAUUGAAUACGUGGGAGGUCUACGAGAUAACGAGGAGAUAAGCGUCGAGAAGCUUGAUUACAUCACGAGAAUUUUGUUGCAGAAACCAAAGACUUCAAGUGCAAAAGAUUACUUUGAUAAUGUGGGGGGAAAACUCUACGAUAUCCUGGUUUUUGUCAACCGGCCAGUAAUGACGUCGAUCGCAACCCACAUAGUUGAAUCGAUUUUCAGCAUAAACGCUAGAAUAGUGAUUGAUUUCAUCUUUCAAAGGGUCUGGGAUUCUUUCAAUCCACCAAAAAGUGAAUCAGAAAGUGAAAUUGAUACUUUGACCACCGAAUCCGCUCUCAAUAAUGCAUUCAAUGUGUUCCUCACCUUCACGAAGAACGGCUCGCUUGAGAUGAUGAACACCCUUCUUGAACCGUUGAUUGUACCAUACUGGAUUUAUAUGAAGUACCAGAAGCACAGAAAUGUUGAUAUUACCCUAGUCAAGAAUGCACUAGUUUCUGCGUUGCAUAUCACCAACGAUGUGAAAUGGCUGGAUAUCAUUGUACAGAAUCUGAUAGUCCCAGACGGAAAUUAUUGGGAGUUUUCGGUGGGAAUGAACGAAAUGACUUUUAUCAAAGAAAAAAUAACUGGAAUUACCAAAAUUUCACAAACCAAGCUGUUUGAUGACAUGGAAAAUGCUGUGGACCUAUUGAACGAUGUUCUACAGGAUGUGGAGGAUGAUAUGGUGGGAGCCGAGUUUCUCGUUAUUCUGAGGAGAUGGCUGAAAGUGAGUGAUUCAAGUACAAAAAAACUGGUUUUGGAUGAUGAAGAUGGUAACCCGUUUUCCACAUUGUUGGAUUUGCGUGUUCUAGAAGGUAUUUCAGAGAAGCACAGAGAAAGGCUCUCCAGAUCACCAGAUAGUAUGUUGGAUCUGGUAAUAAGCGUGUUAGAGGGAUUUUCCAAUGAAUCAGGGGAUUCUAAACCAGGACUGGCUGGGAUUGUGCAACCCAAAGUUGAAGAUGCUGACUCUGAUGACGAAGACGAUGAAGAGCAAAUUGACGAGUCUCUAACGAUUGUGCUGCAGUUGUUAUCGGCAAUUCUUUCUGAGACAGAAGAGCUUGGAAAGUCGAGUUCCGACAAGCUCAGAAAACUGAAGCCAUUGCUACAGAAUAUUUCGCGAAAUAACAAGUCUGCACAAGCCCUGCUUGAUAGAAUAAACGAGAUUUUGGAUAUCUCUUCUGGUGUGCUCCAGUCUAACAAAAACCCUGAUGAACUGGUUUUGAAAAGAGCAAUCACAAGUCUGAACGACCCAUUGGUGCCAAUUAGGGCACAUGGACUGUAUCUUCUCAGACAAUUGGUGGAGAACAACUCCGACGUGAUCUCCGUUGACUUCGUGGUUGAUCUGCACCUGACCCAGCUCAAAGAUCCAGAGCCUUUUGUGUAUCUCAACGUGAUCAAGGGCUUGAAUUUGCUUCUGGAAUCGGCGAGAUCUGAGGUUCUUCCUCAGUUUGCUCGUAUAUAUAAAGACCCAGCGUCAGACCUCGAGGAAAGACUGAGAAUAGGAGAAGUGUUGCUUCAAUUCAUCACAAGAUCGGGAGACUCUCUGACAGAUGACUCUGCGUCAAUUAUUGCAACCACAACUCUCUCUAUGAUCAGAAGACAUGAGAAUAUGCCUAAAAUUGACAACAGAAUCAGAAUGUCCGCAAUGUCAAUUUUGGGCAUGUGUUGCCGUGUUUCUCCAGGUGCAAUGCUUCAGUAUCUACCUGACGUACUAGACUGUGUUCUUGGAAUACUCAAGCUGGAGACCACAGAGGACCAAACCAUUAUGAGGAGAUCAGCUAUCGUGUUGAUCAACGACUUGAUCAGUAGCACAGCAGGUCUAUACAGUAUUCCUACUGGCUAUGCUCGGAGCUGUUUGACAGCUCUUAAAUAUGUUAAAGACACGGAUGUGGAUGUCCUAGUUAGACAUCAGGCUCAGCAGGUAUUGAGUCAUAUCAAAGACCUGUUAGCAGAAACUAUCGGAGUAUAG